AUGGCUCUGCAGGCGGGGAACGCGAGUGCGCUGCAGGUGUCGGCGGGCUGCGCGGAGCAAGGGAACCACAGCAUGGAAGUUACCGACUACAAUAUCAGCUGCACGAACAGCUCCGUCCUCCCCAGACCGGCCACCAGAGUCCGAGAGAUGGACUCGCUGCGCAUCCUGCUCUACUCGCUCAUCUUCCUGCUCAGCGUCUUCGGCAACCUGCUGAUCAUCGUGGUCCUGAUGCUGAACAAGCGCAUGCGGACCGUCACCAACUCCUUCCUGCUGUCGCUGGCGGUCAGCGACCUCAUGAUGGCCAUCUUCUGCAUGCCCUUCACCCUCAUCCCCAACAUCCUGGAGGACUUCAUCUUCGGAGGCGCCAUGUGCAAGACCGUCUCCUACUUUAUGGGGAUCUCUGUCAGCAUCUCCACCUUCAGCCUCGUGGCCAUCGCCAUCGAGAGGUACAGCGCCAUCUGUAACCCGCUCAAGUCCCGCUCGUGGCAGACCCGAUCCCACGCCUACCGUGUCAUCGCUGCCACGUGGGCGGUGUCACUGCUGAUCAUGGUGCCCUACCCGGUGUUCAGCGUCCUCAGGUCUUUCCCUAAAACCAACGGCACUGUCGGUCACAUGUGUCGCCUGGACUGGCCCAGCCAGCAAGCUGAGCAGAGCUGGUAUGUGCUGCUGCUGUUCACUCUGUUCUUCGUCCCGGGAGUGGUGAUGAUUAUAGCCUACGGUCUGAUCUCCAGAGAGCUCUACCGAGGCAUUCGGUUCGAGCUGAGCCAGAGCAGAGAGACCACCGGCCAGAAGAACGGUGUCGGACGGGCUCUCACCCCGUCGAACGACGACGAUGACGGCUGCUACAUCCAGGUGUCCAAAAAACCCUCCUCCGCCGUGGAGCUCCCCACCCUCUCUGCCUCGUCGGGCGCCGCCCAGGCCAGGACCGAGCGCGCCCGCAGCAACACCUCGGAGGCCAAGCUGCAGGCCAAGAGGCGAGUCAUCCGCAUGCUGAUGGUGAUCGUGGCGCUCUUCUUCAUCUGCUGGAUGCCGCUGUACUCGGCCAACACCUGGAAGGCCUUUGACCUGAAGUCGGCCUCCAAAGCCCUCUCAGGCGCGCCCAUCUCCUUCAUCCACCUGCUGUCCUACACCUCGGCCUGCGUCAACCCCAUCAUUUACUGCUUCAUGAACACGCGCUUCCGCAAGGCGCUGCUGUCCACCUUCGCCUGCUGCUGCCGCAACCGGCUCUGCCGCCGGUGCUACUGGUGCAGGAGGAGGGAGGCGGGGGAAGACGGCCUCACCGCGGCGUCCAUGGCCACGUCGAUGGCCACCUCCAUGUCCAAGUUCAGCUACACCACCGUCAGCACCACCGGCACCUGCUGA